AUGGAUACGGGGUUCCGCCAUAAGGCAUUUCUUCCCAAUGACAUAAGCCCUAAGACCAGUGAGGCGCUUGACCAGCAGUACUCUGACAUUCCUCGUCUUCUGGAAAGAGCCUUUUCGGAGGAUCUAAACGUUCCUAAAGCUGGUUUCUACGUUGGAUGGGAUUGGAGUCCUGUUAUUGAUAUGAUUCGACGAAUACCUUAUUUGCAUGAUGUGAAUAUAUUCGUUUUCUACGGUGGCCCAGUCGAGCUCUUUGAGGCUCUUUCGCAAUAUCACCCUACUUGUCGAGUGUCCUUCUUCAGCACUUUGAUGCGUCAGCAUCCACUUCGGGAGGUUGGCAUGUUUCCUAUUAUUAACCCGGUGUGGCUUUCUUCACCAAUGCUAUAUGCUGUCCAUUUGACUGAUUUGGAGGAUAGUGAUAGGAGCCCGCUUAUUUUGCAUCCGGAUACGGUCCUACAGAAUAUUGUAUUACAUGCGCCUAAUCUCAAAAAGAUCGCAUUACGGAUUAGCGGUCAAACUUGUAGUCACACCCGAAGAGAGCGUCUCCGAGUCAAAGUAGAUGAGGAAGCCAAAGGUGAUGAACCACCUGGACCUGCUAGAAUUGAAAUCAUGUCAUGGCCUAUGCGCACCAAAAUGACGGCUAAGCAGUUCCAGAAUUGGCAAACAAUUACCGACUUUACUGCUCUGAGAUCGUUGACUGUUGGCUGUAUUCAAGAUUCGACACUACUCCAGUCCAUCGUGGAUGAUCACCCAUUUCAACAACUAAAGCGUCUCAGCCUUACCUUAUUUCCACGGGAAGAUGAUGGAUCAAGAUUUUGGCAAGCUGCGGAGUCGAUGUUUAGUUUACUACCCCCCCCCCCUUAA